AUGUUUAUAUUGAAUAUUCAGGUUGUUCAUAUAUUUUUCUGCUCAAUUCAUUUUUCUCAGUUCUUGUGUGAAAAAUCCGAAAUCAAAUUCGAUUUAUACAAUGUCCCAACAGUGCUUCGCUACGCGAAAGAAGGACGCUUAUAUCAUUUCGGUACUUUUCCCAGUGAUGAUAAAUUCUAUGCUUCGAUAGGCUCAACAAAGAAGGCUACAAGUGAUCUAUCUCUCUUACCUGUCGAUCAACGUUUCAUUAUCAAAUUAGAUAAACUUGAAGUCUUAUGUGAAGAUUCUCCGACCAUUAAAUCCACAGGUGAAAUCUUCUAUUUUUCAUCGAAAUGUUCGACUGAAUUAUGCAGAAGACAUCAACCUUCAACAGCGACAAUCUUCUCCGAAUCAGUUAACAGAGAAACAACUAUGAGCCAAAUUAAUCUCGUUAUCACUUCGGAUAGUGCGGUCACACAACUCGUCCUUAGUCACUUUUCCAAUGAGGAAGAUCUCAAAAAAAAUGUCUCGUUGAGAACCGGGGAAAUACGAACACAUCAGAUCAUCUUUAAAAACAAAGACAACGUUCAUUUCGAUAUGAUGUGUGACAGUGAGGAGAAGAAGCAGCAGCCGUGGUCAUGGAUUUGUUAUUAUUAUCCAUGGAACACGGAAGCUCCUUACGAUCGAAAAUUGAUUUAUCAAAUGGCUGAGGAAUAUCGCAAAACAAAUCUGGACAAGAAACCGAUUUUGUUACGAGAAUUCGAUCUAGGUGCCGACAAUAAUUCAUCGUUGAAUAAAACCGACAACACAGAUGCAUCUAAAUCGACGUUAUUUGUCGUGAUCGCACCGAUUGUCAUUGGUGGAAUGUAUUAUUUCUAUAAAAAAUCAUCGAAAGAUGAAAUCAAGAAGAGAAAUAGUCGAUUAUCGGAAGACAGUCAAGAUUCGCGUGAAUCAAUUGACGAUGUUCUCUUCGAUUGA